AUGGCGCAAAGGUACGAUGAGCUGCCCCACUACGGCGGGAUGGACGGCGUAGGGGUGCCCGCGUCCAUGUACGGAGACCCCCACGCUCCGCGGCCGAUCCCCCCGGUCCACCACCUGAACCACGGGCCGCCGCUCCACGCCACGCAGCACUACGGCGCGCACGCCCCGCACCCCAAUGUCAUGCCGGCCAGCAUGGGGUCCGCUGUCAACGACGCCCUGAAGCGGGACAAGGACGCGAUCUAUGGGCACCCGUUGUUUCCUCUGUUAGCUCUGGUCUUUGAGAAGUGCGAGCUGGCGACCUGCACGCCCCGGGAGCCCGGCGUGGCCGGCGGAGACGUCUGCUCCUCCGACUCCUUCAACGAGGACAUCGCCGUCUUCGCCAAGCAGGUUCGCGCCGAAAAGCCACUCUUUUCCUCGAAUCCAGAGCUGGACAAUUUGAUGAUACAGGCAAUACAAGUACUAAGGUUUCAUCUUUUGGAGUUAGAAAAGGUCCACGAACUGUGCGAUAACUUCUGCCACCGGUAUAUUAGCUGUUUGAAGGGGAAAAUGCCCAUCGACCUGGUCAUUGAUGAAAGAGACGGCAGCUCCAAGUCAGAUCACGAAGAACUUUCAGGCUCCUCUACAAAUCUCGCUGACCAUAAUCCUGCAUCUUGGCGAGAUCACGAUGACGCAACCUCCACCCACUCAGCAGGCACCCCAGGGCCCUCCAGCGGGGGUCAUGCUUCCCAGAGUGGAGACAACAGCAGUGAGCAAGGGGACGGUCUGGACAACAGCGUGGCCUCACCGGGCACAGGUGACGAUGACGACCCAGACAAGGAUAAGAAGCGCCAGAAGAAGAGAGGCAUCUUCCCCAAAGUCGCAACCAACAUCAUGAGGGCGUGGCUCUUCCAGCAUCUCACGCAUCCGUACCCUUCCGAAGAGCAGAAGAAACAGUUAGCGCAAGACACAGGACUUACAAUUCUCCAAGUAAACAACUGGUUUAUCAACGCCAGGAGAAGAAUAGUACAGCCAAUGAUUGACCAGUCAAAUCGAGCAGGUUUUCUUCUUGAUCCUUCAGUGAGCCAAGGAGCAGCAUAUAGCCCAGAAGGUCAGCCCAUGGGGAGCUUUGUGUUGGAUGGUCAGCAACACAUGGGAAUCCGGCCCGCAGGUUUGCAGAGCAUGCCAGGGGACUACGUUUCUCAGGGUGGUCCUAUGGGAAUGAGUAUGGCACAGCCAAGUUACACUCCUCCCCACAUGACCCCACACCCUACUCAGUUAAGACAUGGACCCCCAAUGCAUUCGUAUUUGCCAAGCCAUCCCCACCACCCUGCCAUGAUGAUGCACGGAGGACCCCCCACCCACCCUGGAAUGACGAUGUCGGCACAGAGCCCCACAAUGUUAAAUUCUGUAGAUCCCGGUGUUGGCGGACAGGUUAUGGACAUCCAUGCCCAAUAG